AUGCUCUCUGUUGCUCGCAUCUCAUAUUGCACGCUCUCUGUUGCUCGUAUCUCAUAUUGCACGCUCUCUGUUGCUCGUAUCUCAUAUUGCACGCUCUCUGUUGCUCGCAUCUCAUAUUGCACGCUCUCUGUUGCUCGCAUCUCAUAUUGCACGCUCUCUGUUGCUCGCAUCUCAUAUUGCACGCUCUCUGUUGCUCGCAUCUCAUAUUGCACGCUCUCUGUUGCUCGCAUCUCAUAUUGCACGCUCUCUGUUGCUCGCAUCUCAUAUUGCACGCUCUCUGUUGCUCGCAUCUCAUAUUGCACGCUCUCUGUUGCUCGCAUCUCAUAUUGCACGCUCUCUGUUGCUCGCAUCUCAUAUUGCACGCUCUCUGUUGCUCGCAUCUCAUAUUGCACGCUCUCUGUUGCUCGUAUCUCAUAUUGCACGCUCUCUGUUGCUCGUAUCUCAUAUUGCACGCUCUCUGUUGCUCGCAUCUCAUAUUGCACGCUCUCUGUUGCUCGCAUCUCAUAUUGCACGCUCUCUGUUGCUCGCAUCUCAUAUUGCACGCUCUCUGUUGCUCGCAUCUCAUAUUGCACGCUCUCUGUUGCUCGCAUCUCAUAUUGCACGCUCUCUGUUGCUCGCAUCUCAUAUUGCACGCUCUCUGUUGCUCGCAUCUCAUAUUGCACGCUCUCUGUUGCUCGCAUCUCAUAUUGCACGCUCUCUGUUGCUCGCAUCUCAUAUUGCACGCUCUCUGUUGCUCGCAUCUCAUAUUGCACGCUCUCUGUUGCUCGCAUCUCAUAUUGCACGCUCUCUGUUGCUCGCAUCUCAUAUUGCACGCUCUCUGUUGCUCGCAUCUCAUAUUGCACGCUCUCUGUUGCUCGCAUCUCAUAUUGCACGCUCUCUGUUGCUCGCAUCUCAUAUUGCACGCUCUCUGUUGCUCGCAUCUCAUAUUGCACGCUCUCUGUUGCUCGCAUCUCAUAUUGCACGCUCUCUGUUGCUCGCAUCUCAUAUUGCACGCUCUCUGUUGCUCGCAUCUCAUAUUGCACGCUCUCUGUUGCUCGCAUCUCAUAUUGCACGCUCUCUGUUGCUCGCAUCUCAUAUUGCACGCUCUCUGUUGCUCGCAUCUCAUAUUGCACGCUCUCUGUUGCUCGCAUCUCAUAUUGCACGCUCUCUGUUGCUCGCAUCUCAUAUUGCACGCUCUCUGUUGCUCGCAUCUCAUAUUGCACGCUCUCUGUUGCUCGCAUCUCAUAUUGCACGCUCUCUGUUGCUCGCAUCUCAUAUUGCACGCUCUCUGUUGCUCGCAUCUCAUAUUGCACGCUCUCUGUUGCUCGCAUCUCAUAUUGCACGCUCUCUGUUGCUCGCAUCUCAUAUUGCACGCUCUCUGUUGCUCGCAUCUCAUAUUGCACGCUCUCUGUUGCUCGCAUCUCAUAUUGCACGCUCUCUGUUGCUCGCAUCUCAUAUUGCACGCUCUCUGUUGCUCGCAUCUCAUAUUGCACGCUCUCUGUUGCUCGCAUCUCAUAUUGCACGCUCUCUGUUGCUCGCAUCUCAUAUUGCACGCUCUCUGUUGCUCGCAUCUCAUAUUGCACGCUCUCUGUUGCUCGCAUCUCAUAUUGCACGCUCUCUGUUGCUCGCAUCUCAUAUUGCAUCUCAUAUUGCACGCUCUCUGUUGCUCGCAUCUCAUAUUGCACGCUCUCUGUUGCUCGCAUCUCAUAUUGCACGCUCUCUGUUGCUCGCAUCUCAUAUUGCACGCUCUCUGUUGCUCGCAUCUCAUAUUGCACGCUCUCUGUUGCUCGCAUCUCAUAUUGCACGCUCUCUGUUGCUCGCAUCUCAUAUUGCACGCUCUCUGUUGCUCGUAUCUCAUAUUGCACGCUCUCUGUUGCUCGCAUCUCAUAUUGCACGCUCUCUGUUGCUCGCAUCUCAUAUUGCACGCUCUCUGUUGCUCGCAUCUCAUAUUGCACGCUCUCUGUUGCUCGCAUAUCAUAUUGCACGCUCUCUGUUGCUCGCAUCUCAUAUUGCACGCUCUCUGUUGCUCGCAUCUCAUAUUGCACGCUCUCUGUUGCUCGCAUCUCAUAUUGCACGCUCUCUGUUGCUCGCAUCUCAUAUUGCACGCUCUCUGUUGCUCGCAUCUCAUAUUGCACGCUCUCUGUUGCUCGCAUCUCAUAUUGCACGCUCUCUGUUGCUCGUAUCUCAUAUUGCACGCUCUCUGUUGCUCGCAUCUCAUAUUGCACGCUCUCUGUUGCUCGCAUCUCAUAUUGCACGCUCUCUGUUGCUCGCAUCUCAUAUUGCACGCUCUCUGUUGCUCGCAUCUCAUAUUGCACGCUCUCUGUUGCUCGCAUCUCAUAUUGCACGCUCUCUGUUGCUCGCAUCUCAUAUUGCACGCUCUCUGUUGCUCGCAUCUCAUAUUGCACGCUCUCUGUUGCUCGCAUCUCAUAUUGCAUGCUCGCUGUUGCUCGCAUCUCAUAUUGCACGCUCUCUGUUGCUCGCAUCUCAUAUUGCACGCUCUCUGUUGCUCGCAUCUCAUAUUGCACGCUCUCUGAGUUCCCAGAUUCCGCCGAUCUCUUCCCGCUGCCCGCUGACCACGCUCACACGCUGGGCGAUGGGGACAUGGACAAUAACGCAUCUGCUUCUAUGGGGGAUAAGGACAAUAACGCAGCUGGAUCUAUGGGAGACAAGGACAAUAACGCAGCUGCUUCUAUGGAGGACACGGGCAACAAUACAGCUGCUUCUACUGGGAAUGAGGAGGAUGCUGCUGAGCAGAAUGGGGGCGAGGAGGGGAAGGUGGUUAAGGACAGUGGUGAAGCAGAUUCUAAUGGGAACGUGGGAUUUGCAGAGAAACAGGGCAAUGCAGCAGCUGGUAACGGGGAAGAGGGCGGUGGGGCAGGCGAAGAGGGGGCUAGAGAGGGACACGUGGGAAGGGAAGGCGAGGGAGGGGUGGGGGAAGUGAGAGAUGGGGGGCGAGAGGCCACGCGAAUGGAAAAGGAGCUAAGUAAUGAGUGUGCUCGAGUGGGUGGGGGUGGAGAGGAAGUGGGCCCGAGGGAGGAGAUGAGUGGAGGGAAGGAAGGGGAGGGGGGCGAUGGAACAGAGAUGCGGAGUGGAGAGGUGCGGGCAUCAAGCAUGGAGAUGGAAAGAGGAGGUGAAGGUGACAGUGGCCGACAGAUGGGACACGAGGCAGGGAGGGUUGAGGAAGGAGGGGCAGGGGUAGGGGAGGGAGAGGAGGAAGAGGCAGAUGGGGAGGAGGAGGGCGGAGGGGGAGUGGAGCUGGCUGUGGGAGACAAGGAGGGGCAGGAGGGAGGCGAGAGGAAGGAGACGGAGGAUGGAAGGGAGGUGACUGAGGUGGAAGGGACAGAACGGACUGAGGGGAGGAAGCAGGCGGAGGAAGUGAGGGAGGAGUCGGAGGAGGUGAGGGGGCGGAGAAGAGAAGCCACUGAGGAGGAGGAAGAGGGGGGCGCAGUGCAAGCUGAGGCCUUGGCUCAGUACGGCAGCCUUGACUCAAAACCUGGAGCUCACCUUCAAGGGGAAGAAGAAGCAGGCAGCCCUGUGAUCCAGGAGGUGGAGGAGGAGAAGGAACGCGAGCAGGCGAGCAGGGAUGCUGAGGGGAAGGAGGAUGGGCAGGGGGGAGGAAAUGAUGUGGAGGAUGGGCAGGGAGGAGGGGACGAUGUGGAGAUGGCAGAUGGGGCUGUGAAGCCAACGUUUGAGGCGUGGCUGCCUGGGGAUGGGGCGGAGGAGGGCUCGUAUGAGACGCAACAGACAAAGGACGUGAGGCAUGUGGGCGCGGAUGACUCUGCUGCAGCCCUUGCGGAUGUGUCUGGAGCUCCCUCCGAUGUCCCCAUGGCUUUGGAUGGUGAUGCAGGCAAAGAAGGGGAGGUGGAGGGAGCGAUGGAGGUGGAGGGAGAAAAGGAGGUGGAGGGAGAGGGAGAGGAGGAGGUGCAGGGAGAAGGGGAGGUGGGGAAUGCGACAGCAAAAGAACGUGGGCAGGAGGUGGAGGAGAAGAGGAGGGCGGAGAGGGUGGGGGGUAUAAGUUCAGUCUACGGCACUUUCACUCGCUUUGCCAAGAGCCUCUUUUCUGGUGGCUCCAGUGUCGACGCUGGGGGUGGCAUUGGUGGUGGCAAGGGCGACAGUGGUGGUGGUGGUGGUGCAGGUGGCCAUGAAUCACAGGAAGACAGAGGAGAGAGGGACGGGGAUGUUCCUGCUGCUGCUGCUGCUGCUGCUGCUGCUGCUGCUGCCUCCACAGGGGCUGAUGUUGCUACAGCCACUGCUGAUACUGCUGCUACUGCUGCUACUACUGCUGCUACUACUGCUACUACUGCUACUACUGCUGAAGCUGUUGCUGUUGCUGACGAGGAGACGCAGGACGCAGAGGGGUUGGUGCUAGUGCCAGAGGAAGAGGAAUCGCGUAAGGCACAGGAGGAGGACGUGCAGUGGAGAGAGGCAUAUGACAGCCAGGAGACACAUGGAGAUGAAGUGCAGGAGACGUCUGUUGAGAAGCUGACUUCUGAGUUGACUCAAAAGUCAGAGGGGAUGGCGCUCGGGGAAGAGGAGGCGGAAUUGCUGAGGACACAGGAGGAGAAAAACGUGCAGUGGACAGAGGCAUAUGACACCCAGGAGACACAUGGAGCUGAAGUGCAGGAGAUUUCUGUUGAUAGAUCCCAAGAUACGGCUGCAACAACAGGGCAUUAUGAAGAGUCUCCUGCAGCAUCCGAGCAUUCUCAAAAAUCGCCCGCAGCAACCCAGGAGAGAGAUGGCGUUGCAGCCCAGGAGAUGCAGGAGGAGGAGGAAGGGCAUGAGGAGCAGGCAGAGGAGGCAAACGAGGCGGACACAGAACAAGGGAAUGAGGCGGGCUCAGAGGAAGCGGAGGUGGUGGUUGGUGUGGGAGGGGUUCCAGAGAUAGCUGAGGGGGAGCGGGAGAAGGAGAAGGAGGAGGAGGAGGGAGUGGAGGCGGAUGAGGAAGGGGAGAGGUUGUUGGUGGGCCGUGAGCGUGGGGUGGAUCUAGGAGGAGGGGGGGGGGAGAGAAGUGCAGGUGAGGAGGAGGAGACGGAUUUAGUGGUGGAGGUGGGGGGGACGGGAGGGGGAGUGAGAAUGGAUGUGGGGGGGAUGGGAGGUGGGGCAACAGGGGUGGUGGGUGGGGGGGAACAAGAGGUAGCCAGAGUAGCAGUUGAGGGGGGAUGGGUGAGAGAGCAGGUAGGAGUAAUUGGGAAGAGGCGGAGGGAAGAGAAGGGCGCAGGGGAGGACAGGCAGACAGGAAAGACAGGCUUGGCUGUCCUUGGCCGUGGUAGUGGCAGUGCACGUGGCGGCGAGGGGAGCUCUUUUGAGGUACGUGAGAAGCAGGGGGGCGUGGCUGGUGCUGGCAGUGGUGCCCGUGCGGGGAGUGAGACGCAGUACGAGGCGGUGGUUCCUGAAGACAGGACGGAAGCAAGGGGCGGAGAGGGAGCACAAGGAGUGCCAGAAUCUGAGGAGCGGGGGACAAGGGGAGGGAAGAACAGAGGAACAGGAGAGGCUGGAGCGAAGGAGGCAGGAAAAAGAGCAUCGGCUGCGAAAGGUUCAGCGGCUUUACAGCGCAGCAAGCAAAUCUCAAAGAUUGACAUGUCAGCGAGAGUGGCAGUGGAUGUGCCGGGAGUAACCGCUGCAGCUGCUGACACGAUCGCCGAGGCACUAGCUUCCAAAAUGGCCGGCGAGGUGGCAGCAGCCAUUGCUGCAGGGCUUGAUGGAUCCAACAAAAGGCCAGGUUCUGCCGUCCAGGAUCAGAGCAGGGUGAAGGAAAAGAACAGGAGGCACAGUCAGGAGAAGGAUGGGAAGGAUGGGAGUUAUGGGAAGGACGUUCCCAAGGAUGGAGAUGUACUCUUCAGGUCGUCCCGAUGCGCAGUGGUGCCGGGAUUGGGUGAGGGCUCAGUGGCGGAAGAGCUGGAGUUUGAAGUGGUGGUGGUUGGGCGGAGGAGGAAGAGCACUGGGAGCCCUGCUGACACACCCACAGCAACUCCAGGGGAAGGCAUGGGCUGUGCUGAUGAUGCUGAGGAGGGUGGUUUACAGGAAAGGCCGCAGGUUGCAAGUGAGGGAAGAAAGCGAGCACGUGGGCUGAAGCAUGAAGGGAGGAGUAGGCGCAAGGAAGGGACGACUGAGGAACCAGCGUUAGGUGAACCAGUGUCAGGAGGUGGCGCCAUGGAUACCAGGAGAGCCUCCACUGGUGGUUCCAGGGCUAGAGUUUCGCCUCUCCCACCGAACCAAUUUGACGACGAUGCUGGAGGCGGCAGCUCGUCUGAUGGCAGCGGCGCAGACGGCGUUGCGAAGAAGGAAGAGGAGACUCAGAACACGGGCACGCCCAGUGGUUCAUUGAAGCGGAAGCGUAACCUUCCUGGAAACCCAGAUCCGGACGCAGAAGUUGUGGCCCUGUCUCCGCGCACCCUCCUCGCGACCAACCGGUUUGUGUGCGAGAUCUGCAACAAAGGCUUUCAGCGCGACCAGAACCUGCAGCUGCACCGCCGCGGCCACAACCUCCCUUGGAAGCUCCGCCAACGCACGACGCAGGAGGUGCGCAAGAAGGUGUACGUCUGCCCGGAGCCCACCUGCAUCCACCACGACCCGUCCAGAGCGCUCGGAGAUCUGACCGGGAUCAAGAAGCAUUUUUGCCGCAAGCACGGCGAGAAGAAGUACAAGUGCGAAAAGUGUUCGAAGAAAUACGCCGUGCAAUCGGAUUGGAAGGCCCACAUGAAGACGUGCGGUACUCGCGAGUACCGAUGCGAUUGCGGAACCCUCUUUUCAAGGCGCGACAGCUUCAUCACGCACAGAGCUUUCUGCGACGCGCUCGCGGACACAGGCCCCACCAGCGUCAAACCCGAGCCCGGCGACUCCGCCGCUACAGGCGCCGGCCCCGGGAGCGUCGGCGGACUGAGUCACAAAGGCGCGGGGUUCGAAGGGGACACGAUGCGAGGCGCUGCCGUCAUGUUCGGUGAUGACGUCACGAAAGCCGCUGCCGCUGGCGCAGCCCUUUUGCCAGGUCAGCAGCAGAAUUUCCAGUCGCAGGGGCUUCAAUCGUCGCAGCAGCAGGGCUCGCAGCAGCAGUUUUCGUCGCAGGAGUUCGCAGAUCUGGUCAGCCGAGCCAUGAACAAGCAAGGCGGGGGCGGUAUGGGGCUGUGGCUCGGCCAGGGUUCCAACAACGGAGGGCAGAAUCAGGGCAUGACGCCGCAGCAGCAGAUGCUGCAGGCUGUGAGUCAGGGAGGUUUGAACCCGAGCGCUCUCCUUGCGGCGAUCAACAAUAGUGGCGGUAGCAUGGCGAGCCUGCUCGCUGGUGCCGGAGGCGGAGCUGGCGGUAAAGACAUUGGCUCCUUAAUCUCCUCGCUUCUCGGCUCCAACGGCAGCAUGGCUCCUCCUGGGGGUAAUCUGGACCCUGGCUACGCUUCUAACGCUGGUGGUGGCGGCGACAUGAACAGUAACGUUUAUGGUGGUGGUGGUGGUGGUGGUAACCAGGGUAACCUCUCAGGGUCUGCAGGGGGUCUGUCUGGAGUGGGCAUGGGGGGAGACCCCUACAAUUCCAGUGGCGGUGGUCUGCACGGGUCUGCACCAGGCGAUGGUGAUGGCCUAGGGCAUGGCGCGCAGCAGGACGGGCUGCAAGGCCUCUCGGGUGUGAACCUCCCGGAUCUGCUGCAGCAAGCAGGCGCUGUGCUCGCCCGGUCUGGAGGCUUGGGUAACCUGGGAGGUGCGGGCGGUGCAGGGUCGUCGCUUCUGACGAGGGCCAUUGAGACUUUGGCGAGUCAGGGAUUGCCGCUUGGCGGAGGGCAGAACUCAGGGCUUCUGGACGCCGUUGCUGGCCUGGGUGGAGGGCAGGGCAACUUUAGUGCACUGGCAGGGUCGCUGCAGCAGCACGACCAGGGAAAUAACGGUGGGGGUGGGGGGAUGAUGGGAGGGCAGCAGCAACAACAGCAGCAGCAACAGCAGCAGCAACAGCAGCAACAGCAGCAACAAUCGCAACAGCUGCAGCUUCCAAAUGAUUUGAUUCAGAGAUUGGCAGAUAAGUUACCUCCUGGUCUGAACGUGGACACACUGCAGUCUGCUCUCAGCAUGUACCCCGAGCUUGGAGCAAACGGGGCUCUGUCUUCCGCGCUCAACACCCUUCUCUCAGGAGGAGGCGGUUUCAACACAGCGCCACAACAGCAGCAGCAAGUGGGGAUGGGUGGAGGGGAAAAUGCAGAUGGUUGGGGUGGGGGUGGCAUGGGUGGGGGCAAUGGUGGUGGGCUGGAGCAGGGGAUUUCGGGCAUUCAAGAUAUUUUCUCCUCUGGAGCAGGCCAGAACUCUGUGAUGGCUGCGAUGCUCUCUGCAAGCAAUGGAGAUUUGGCAGGUGGACUUGCAGGGGCUUUUGGGGGGGAUGGCACUGGGGGGUUGCUCGGUGCUGGAGCGUCUAGAAAUGUGACGGAGCUGCAAGAUCUGGCAGCUUUUGGUGCAACAGCAAUGAAUGAAGGUGCCACUGGCUAG